CUGAUUUGGAGAGCAGCUUUGGCCUCUCCAACAGAGGAGGGGAAGCAUCCCCACCGUUGGGAGAAACUGCUGAGCCUUUUAAAGGGUAGCCACCCUAUCACCUUACCCUGGCAGUGAGGUAAUUAGGGAGUCGAAACGUGCCCCUUCUGGUGGCCUUGGAGACCUUCGUUAGCUGCCAGCUGUUCUAGCCUCUUUGCGGGGGUUUCUGAAUCCGGAGUGUCCUUAGGAUUUCUCUUCGCAGUUUAUGCUCUAAUGCGAUUUUUUUCUACCCAAGUCACCGCCUGGGGAGAUAGGCGCCUUCCCUCCCUCUGGGGCUGCUGCCAUAUGUAAUCCCCAGACCUCCACGCCCUGCUUCCCCCACGUCUGUGGGGUCCUCGGAGUGUGUAAUCGCUGACGGGAGGAGUCCGCUCCGGCGAGGAGCUGUGGCGGGUGAACCCUGGCCAGCCAUUUGGUCCUCCGGUCGGGAACGCCGCAGGGCCAAGGCUCGUGCCGACGCUGGGGUCUUGAGAGGGCCCUGCGGCCACCAGCCAGGCGCGGAGAGAACAGCGCGGCGUCCGGGUGUGGCGGCCGGGGAGCGCGACCCGGAGCCCCGCAGCCGGGUCCCGGACGGCCGCCAGGGAGCGCUGCGGUCUCCCGCUCGCUCGCCCCCUGGUAGGCGGGGCCGCGCUCUGCCCGCAGCCGCCGCAGCCGCCGCUUGGGCCGCCCCGUGUCCCCGGUGGAGCCGCCGCCGCCGCCGCCGCCGCCGCCGGGAGCUCGAUGCGGACGGAGCCCGGGCCGGGCCAUGGGGAUACUCAGCAUCACGGACCAGCCGCCCCUGGUCCAGGCCAUCUUUAGCCGAGAUGUGGAGGAAGUGCGUUCCCUCCUUUCGCAGAAGGAGAACAUCAAUGUGCUGGACCAAGAGAGGCGAACCCCACUGCAUGCUGCUGCCUACGUAGGCGAUGUCCCCAUCCUCCAGUUGCUACUGAUGUCAGGUGCUAACGUCAACGCUAAGGACACACUGUGGCUGACCCCUCUUCAUCGUGCUGCUGCCUCCCGAAAUGAGAAGGUGCUGGGACUGCUGCUGGCACAUUCAGCAGAUGUGAAUGCCCGGGACAAGCUGUGGCAGACACCGCUGCAUGUGGCUGCUGCCAACCGGGCCACCAAAUGUGCUGAGUCUCUGGCGCCCCUAUUGAGCAGCCUCAAUGUUGCUGACAGGAGUGGGCGCAGUGCCUUGCACCACGCAGUGCACAGUGGGCAUCUAGAGACGGUGAACCUGCUCCUGAACAAGGGAGCCAGCUUGCAUGUCUGUGACAAAAAAGAGCGGCAGCCUGUGCACUGGGCAGCUUUUCUAGGGCAUUUGGAGGUCCUGAAACUGCUGGUGGCACGAGGAGCAGAACUUGGCUGCAAGGACCGCAAGGGCUAUGGACUGCUCCAUACAGCUGCUGCCGGCGGCCAGGUUGAAGCGGUGAAGUACCUGCUCCGGACGGGGGCUGAGAUUGAUGAGCCCAAUGCUUUCGGAAACACAGCUUUGCACAUCGCCUGCUACCUGGGCCAGGAUGCUGUGGCUGUUGAGCUGGUGAAUGCAGGAGCCAAUGUUAACCAGCCUAAUGACAAGGGCUUCACGCCGCUACACGUGGCUGCGGUCUCCACCAAUGGCGCCCUCUGCUUGGAGCUGUUGGUUAAUAACGGGGCUGAUGUCAACUACCAGAGCAAAGAAGGGAAAAGUCCUCUGCACAUGGCUGCCAUCCAUGGCCGUUUCACCCGCUCCCAGAUCCUCAUCCAGAAUGGCAGUGAGAUCGACUGCGCUGACAAAUUUGGGAACACGCCGCUGCACGUGGCUGCUCGCUAUGGACAUGAGCUGCUCAUCAGCACCCUCAUGACCAAUGGCGCAGAUACCGCCCGGCGCGGCAUCCACGACAUGUUCCCUCUGCACUUAGCUGUUCUCUUCGGAUUCUCUGACUGUUGUCGUAAGCUUCUUUCCUCAGGUCAGCUGUACAGCAUUGUAUCCUCACUCAGCAAUGAGCAUGUGCUCUCAGCUGGCUUUGACAUCAACACUCCUGACAGCCUAGGCCGUACCUGUCUUCAUGCUGCUGCUUCUGGAGGGAAUGUUGAAUGUCUUAACUUGCUGUUGAGCAGUGGAGCUGACUUGAGGAGGAGAGACAAGUUUGGAAGGACCCCACUGCACUAUGCAGCCGCCAAUGGCAGCUACCAGUGUGCGGUCACACUGGUGACCGCCGGCGCAGGCGCCAAUGAGGCCGACUGUAAAGGCUGCUCUCCCCUGCACUAUGCCGCGGCCUCCGACACCUACCGGAGAGCGGAGCCCCACUCACCUUCCAGCCAGGACACUGACGAGGAGCCCCUGAAGGAGUCGCGCAGGAAGGAGGCCUUCUUCUGUCUGGAGUUCUUACUGGAUAAUGGUGCAGACCCCUCCCUGCGGGACAGGCAGGGCUACACAGCUGUACACUAUGCAGCCGCCUAUGGCAACAGACAGAACCUUGAACUGCUCUUAGAAAUGUCCUUUAACUGCCUGGAGGAUGUGGAGAGCACCAUUCCAGUCAGCCCUUUGCACUUAGCUGCCUACAACGGCCACUGUGAAGCCCUGAAGACCCUGGCCGAGACACUGGUGAACCUGGAUGUGAGAGACCACAAGGGCCGGACUGCACUCUUCCUGGCCACUGAGCGGGGCUCUACUGAGUGUGUGGAGGUGCUUACGGCCCAUGGUGCCUCUGCCCUCAUCAAGGAACGCAAGCACAAGUGGACACCCCUGCAUGCUGCUGCUGCCUCUGGCCACACUGAUUCCCUGCACUUGCUGAUUGACAGUGGGGAACGAGCUGACAUCACAGAUGUCAUGGAUGCCUAUGGACAGACCCCACUGAUGCUGGCCAUCAUGAACAGUCAUGUGGACUGUGUACAUCUGCUGCUGGAGAAAGGGUCCACAGCUGAUGCUGCUGACCUCCGGGGCCGCACCGCCCUCCACCGCGGGGCAGUGACUGGUUGUGAGCACUGCCUGGCUGCCCUGCUGGACCAUGAUGCAUUUGUGCUGUGCCGAGACUUCAAGGGCCGAACACCCAUUCACUUGGCCUCAGCCUGUGGGCACCCCGCAGUGCUGAGGACCCUGCUACAGGCUGCCCUGUCCACGAACCCCCUGGACGCCGGUGUGGAUUACAGCGGAUACUCACCCAUGCACUGGGCCUCCUACACUGGACAUGAAGACUGUCUGGAGUUGUUACUUGAACACAGCCCAUUUUCAUACCUGGAAGGAAACCCUUUUACUCCUUUGCACUGUGCAGUAAUUAAUAACCAGGACAGCACCACAGAGAUGCUGCUGGGAGCUCUGGGUGCCAAGAUUGUGAACAGCCGAGAUGCCAAAGGACGGACUCCCCUUCACGCCGCUGCCUUUGCGGACAACAUCUCUGGGCUCCGGAUGCUGCUGCAGCACCAAGCCGAGGUGGACAUCACUGACCAUGCUGGCCGCACUGCGCUCAUGACGGCUGCCGAGAACGGGCAGACCGCUGCUGUGGAAUUUCUGCUGUACCAAGGGAAGGCAGACCUUACUGUAUUGGAUGAGAACAAGAACACUGCCCUCCACUUGGCUUGUACCAAGGGUCAUGAGAAAUGUGCCCUCAUGAUCCUGGCAGAAACCCAAGACCUCGGCCUUAUCAAUGCGACCAACAGUGCUCUGCAGAUGCCACUCCACAUUGCUGCCCGGAAUGGACUAGCUUCCGUGGUACAGGCCCUGCUGAGUCGUGGGGCCACAGUGCUGGCAGUGGACGAAGAAGGUCACACCCCGGCACUGGCCUGCGCCCCUAACAAAGAUGUGGCGGACUGCCUGGCCUUGAUCCUUUCCACCAUGAAGCCUUUCCCACCCAAGGAUGCCGUCAGCCCUUUCAGUUUCAGCCUGCUUAAGAACUGUGGCAUUGCGGCAGCCAAGACGGUGGGUGGCUGCGGUGCCCUGCCCCACGGGGCCUCCUGCCCCUACAGCCAGGAGCGGCAUGGCGCCAUUGGGUUAGAUGGCUGCUACUCUGAGUAGCCCCUGCCAGUGUCCCUCCCCUGCUGGUGGCUUGAUACCUUAUUCUAUUUAUUUAGAAAAAGUCUAUACGUUUAGGGCACUUUAAAGGAGAACACGACUGGGUGGGGGGGUGGGGGAGGAAAGCACUGGGGAGCAGCCGCUCACCCCUCUGCCACACCAUCCUGGCCUGGCAGGGGUCUGGGACUGACAGGGAGCACCCCAGGCCCUUGGUACCCCCAGGGCAACCCCUUCUGCCAAGUGUCCCAAAAUGAUUGCUAAAUGUCUGGCUCCCCCUCUUUUACCCCAUCCCUCAGUUCUCCCUUUCUGCUGCCAACUACCCCGACUCUUCCCUCUGACUCCUCUCUGUGUCCCCUUCCCCUACUGCCAGGCAGAUCCCCUCUUUUUCCAUACCCAUCACUGCCUCCCUGCUCCCCUGCUCAGCUGGCCCCUCCAUCCCCCAGCAGUGAGAAGCCUUAAUCUCUGGUACUGUGUGAGCACUCUGGGGGUGUCCCCCUCCCCUUCAGGGGCAGCUAGCGGACAAGGGGGGGAGAUAUUUAGCACUGGGGCCUGGAGCUUUUACCCCACUUCUGUACUCAUCACCCCUAAGGUUCAAAUGCAAAACACUUGAAGCAGUAACUACUGUACCUGGGCCCCACCCCUGCACUCCUGGCUCCUCAUAUGCAGAUCAAGGGCUGGUCAGCCCCCAUAGCCUGCCCCUCCCUGCUGCCCUCCCCAUCCUGGCCUGCCCCCCAGACACGCACUUUAAGCUUGCUUCUUUCCUUUAACUUCUUUUGGGAGGGCAGAGUCUGGCCAUUCCCUCCUUGUCUCUCCUCUCCCUUAACUUUGAGGCUUGUCAUGAAUUUUUAAGUAAGCAUUUUAUCCUUUAGGGGAAAAAACAAAUUAAUUUCUUGCCCAUUUCAAAACCACAGCCCUUGUAUAUCCUGGUUCAGGCACUUGUUGCAUGUGUGUGGAGGGAGCGACCCUGUUCUCCUCCUAUGCCCCCCAGUCCCAUAGUUUCUCUGUGCUCCAUCUGCCACCACCUUCAGUUAUGUCCAAGAGUACCCACCUUCCCCAGUCAUCCUGAUCUGAAGCCAAAGAUGGUGGGAGGGGUAGGGCAGACUAGGGACUAUGGCUACUCGGGACCCAGGCUUCCCUUCCCUGGUGAGGCUGAAGCUCAGAUGUGGGGAGCAAAGAACAGACUGAGGCUUGGUCCCUGCCUUCCCAGCAGCAGGCAAAGAUGGGACUGGGCUGGGGUGAGCAUUGAGAAGAUUCUUCAGAAUCGCACCCCAAAAGCCAAACUGGGCCAGAGUGAGGAGGGGGCAGUUUUCUCUCUAAAUGUAGCAUUGAAUUUGGCCCUGGUCCCUUCAAACACCAUGUCCAUCCAUCUAGCUAAGCCUCCUGGAAAGUUGGACUCACUCCUGUGGCCCAGAGUUCCCUUCCUCACACUCAAUACCUCAGCCAGGGGCCAAGAUACAGAACUUGAAUAGAGGUCAUGCCCCCUCUGUCCCUACAACACAUCCUUGCCCAGUUUGGUCGCCAUCAGUAUUAUUCCCUGAGAACUGGACAGGCUUCAUUUACACCGUACAGGGGUUCCCCUAGGAGGUCCCUCAGUCUCCUUCACCCGCUUCUUGCUUUUUGUGAUCUUGCCCACGUUUCAGUGUGUCCUCUGCAAGUCUUGCCACCCUUGCCCAGGGUGGGCUGAGGAGAGGGGACACCUCGGGGGCCUCUCCCUUCCCACCAGAUUCCCUUAGCCAUACCUCAUGGUGGUUCCCUGAAGCCUGGGGUGUUUGUCCAAGUCCUUAUCCUUCGGUCAUAUCCCUCCUUAUCCCGCUAUCUCUGUGUCCGACUUCCCCCAACCCUCAGCUCCGAAACCAUUUCAGAGCUUCCAGUUGACCAUUAUUGGUGAGAAGGAUUGUGCAGCUUUUAGUUUUUAGUUUUGUUUUCAAAGCCAAAGGGCCUUGCAACGCCCCUCUUGCCCACUUUCCUUCACACCAUCCUCCCCUGUAUGACAAUCAAUGUGACCUCUCUUAAGGGCUGCAGCCCCCACCCCAAACCCUGCUGGUCUGCAAAGCUUGCCCCCUAACUUCAACUCUCUCACCUAAAAUAUUCCCAUUCCACCUGCUCCCUCUCAUUUGGUGCUGGGUAUUAGGUGGGGGGGCAGGGGGCAGGAAGGUGGGUGCCCCAGAGAAGUAUCAGGGUAUCAGUCGUGUCCUCCUUUCUCAGUGUUUGGCGAUGGCAGGAAGAAUCUGUGAGUUUGUCGGGAGCCCCAUUGUUUUGCUGGAUGAGAUUUCCGGUGGCUGCCCAUCCUGGUGCCCUCAGCACACUGUGCUGGGGCAGGCCAUGGGGUGUUCUCAGUCCCUCCUCAUUUGGCUGUGAGGAGGCCCAGAGGACGAGCAGCCUCCUCACCUUAUGCCAAAGGAAAUCCCACACCCCACCCUGGCUCCCUGGCCCCUAGCGUGUUUUGAAGCAUUUUGACCAUUCUCAUGGCCACUGCAUAUUUAUUUUAAUGUUAAGAUUUUUUUAAAACCUCUUUGGUAAACGGGUGUGGAGAAGUGAAGCAGGCAAAAUGCCCCCAAGUCUCAGGGGGCAGGCGGGGGUUGGGGGACACUUCUCCUUCCCGGUGCCCUCCCACUGCCCCUCUCCCUUCCCACCUCAGCUCUAAAGCACUUGCCUCAAGUAGUAAGCACUUUUGAGAAAGGUCCUGUUUUAACUGAGGACCUUGGGAGCAGCCCCAGUUCCCAGCAAAGGGGACAGAGCUAGGGCUACACAGGAGACAGGGAAAUAGACAUUGUCAAACACAGGGCAAGAUGAAAAGAGCCAGCUUUUAGUUUCUGAUUUUUGGAGAGAUGUUUCUGACUGAGCGGUGGCUUUGGUAGAGUUGUGCACUAUACUUCAGAAGAGCAGAUGGUACAAACUGCAGGUCCCAGCACGGACCGACAGACCCGGGUCACCGCCACUGUCCAGCAGAGGCCGAAGGGCCACCUCUCCCAUCCCAUGGCCCUCGCGCCCGAGGACUGCUGAAAGCCUCUGAAUGUACAGCCCCGGUCGGGUGGGCAGCCUCUCCUGGGGGGGGGCUUCUGGUGUUUGGUGCUGUGGGGUGGGAGAGGUGAGACUGAGGGACUGCUGCCCUCCUUAGACGUGUGUUCCUGGGGAGGAGGGGCUGAGGAGGGCCCACCUCCCUCUUCAACCCCAGCAUGGCCCCUCUUCCUCCCUCAUCCCUGUCCGUUUUGACUGUAAGUCCAGCUCACCUUUGCCUUCAAUAUGUAACCAAAGGAAAACUCAAUACUGUUUCCACCACUGUCCGCCCACCUGAGCACCUUCUUACUCCCUGGACCUAGAGGGGGAGGAGGCGGGGGUGUGGGGCUAGAGUGAACAGUUCUACAGCUGUACCCCCAAAACCUUCUAUGGGCUCUUGGAAGGGGCCCUGAGAGGCCAAGCUGAGAGCAGGCGCACCCUGUCUCUCGUGCACAGGACUGGUUUUCCUCUGAAUGACUCCAACAGGGAGGCCCCUUCCUCCUCCCCUCGCCGCAAUUUCUCACCCUCUUCCCACACCCAGUGUUCAUCCCCCACCUCCCCUUCCCACCACAAAGGAAAAUAGCCUUACAGACCCUAGCCCAGAAACCCUCUUCCUGGGGCAAGCCAGUAUGGGGCCCCUACCCACCUAGCUUGAGCCCUACUUUUGAAGAAGGAGAGGGAUAAGGAGCAAAGCAGCGCCUUCCCCUCCAUUGAAUUAUGCUGCUUCAGCCCUCCUUGGCCUUGACCUGUGUGGGGCAAGGGCAGAGGUGAGGAAUCUUUGAGGACCAAGCCCAGUGGUCUGGGAAGAGGGAGGUAGAAAGGGAAGGGUCUGACUUGGGGGCUCCCUCCUCCUGACCCAACCCCUAAAAAAGCGACCAAAUCCCAGAGGUGGGAGGAGGCAGAGGUGGGGGGUCUGCUCUGUGAAUUACUUGAAGGUACUGACUCUGAGGCUGCUGCCCACUUAGCUGUGAGGGGGACACUCACUGCGUUUGGGAGGGCACAGGGUGGUGGGUGACCAGAGGGUCCACCUGCCCCACUCACUCCUGCUGGGCCCUUUCCCUGGGGAGCCUGGCUUUGCCCCCCGGGGGAGUUGGGGGGAGACUCCCCCAUCUCCCCUCACACUGAGUGCCCCCUCCAAUUGCACUAAAGUAGCUGUUGUGCCGGUCUUAUCCCCACACCAGGGUGGGGGCUCUGCUUCCAGUCCUUCCCCCACACCACUGCCUCCGCUCCCGGCCCAGACAAUCUCCUUGUUCCCCUGUAUUCCUGGAUAGCUCAACUUUGUACGUGUGCAUUUGGGGGGUGGGGUGGCUUCUGGCUGGAGUGGGUUUGGUAGGGAUUUGGGAAGGGCUAGGAGCAAGAUGGAGGAUGAAGUCCUACCCCCUUCCCCAACUCCCAGCCGCAGAAGCCUGGGAGGGAGGUGCCUACUCUCGCUGCUGCCGUGUGUCUUGCAGAAGUGCCAAAACCGGGGUGGGGGGAGGGGAGGGGGGUGGGUGCCUGGCGGAGCAGUCCCCAGGGUGGCUCUCUCAAAGCAAUACAGUUCCUCCUGCCUGGGGGAUGGCAAGACAGGGGAGAGGGUUGGGCUGGGGACCUGGGGGUUCUCUGUGUACAGCUGUGUAUGUUCAGGGGUGUUCUUGGUCUGGUACCCUCUGUGGACGUCUUUGUGUGUGUGAACCCCCCUCCCCAUGCCCUGCAUGACCUGUGAUGCUGCAGACACCACCACCCUGUGUUCAGGGUGUGCUUGGGGCACUGGGGCACAUUCCCUGUCCUGUGCACCCUCCACCCUGUGACCCAUGUACUCGGUCGUAGAAGUAAAGAGAACUGAGCACAAUUCACUGGAUUCCAGUUGAAUCUUUCUCUAAGCAAUUGUCCCAUUUCUGCCCUUCUCCCUGCCCAGAACCACCUGUGGUGCUAGUGUUGGGGUCGGAGUGAUGAAUGCUGGUGGGCAUCAGUAAAAGGCAGAUCUGCCCAGAUGCCUAUACCCCCAGGGUGCUGGGGGCAGCAGGAAAAAGGGGACCUUGGUGUGUUUGCCCGCCCCUUCCCCUCCUCUCUGGGCUAAAGCACAAUGCUCUCCCUGCAGACUGACCACCCUGUGCCCUCCAGGCCCUUGCUCAUGUCCUCCCCUGAUCCACUCUGAGCCCUUCUCCUGCCACAUCCUGGUUUUCUAUGCUGUUUUGGUGCAAGUACAACUGUCAUAGUCACGGCUUUGGGAUGGGUUCUGUUUAUUAAAAUCCUAUUGCUCCUACUG